AUAGGGCGUUGUUGCUCCUCUCUGAGACUAUCUGUCAAUUAUUAUUAUUUUUAUUUAUGUUAGUAUUAUUAUUAUUACAAUUGUGAUUAUUGUUAUCAGCGCUUAGUAUAUAUAUGUGUGCAUAUUGUAUAUGAUCAUACAUAUUAUAACAAACGACAGAGAGUGAAUAGGGAAUUUAUUAUCUUUUGGCAUUGACAUAUGCCGAUUACCGCAGUAUAUGUGUUGGAAUAUUUAUAAAUAAUUAACAAGUACAUAAGUACUUGUUUUAUCUAUUUUUCUUUAUUUUUAUUUAAAUUCAAUAGUUAUAGUCCUUGGAUUAUGUCUAUUAAAUAUACAACCCGGGUAGCAGUCAUUAGUUCAUUACGGCCGCGUAAAAAAUAAAGAUUAUUAGGAUGACGUGAGUAGAAUGAUAGGGUAUUUAUGUGAAUAUGUUGGAUAAGCGGCGGCUUCAUGGCCACGUGUCGCCGCCAGGUUACUUACUCUUCGUGGUUGCCUUGCUUUUAAUGGGAUUUUUAUCAUUUUGGAUGUUGAUAAUUGGAAGUCCUGAGUCAACGUUGUUAACUAGUGAAGUAACAGUUCCUGGAUACGUUUUACUGGUUCCUGAUAAUGUUUCAACAAUAUCUGUACCAUAUACAUUAAACGAUCUGCCGUCCAGCGAUGAAUCGACGCUGAUUGAUAUUAAAAAUUUUAAAUUUAUCUUAAAUCAUGAUCCGUGUAAUAAAACACAGCCGUUGCUGUUGAUGCUGAUACAUUCAGCACCUGGUAAUUUUGCUAAACGCAAUGUUGUGCGUAAUACUUGGGGUAAACAGACACCUGAAGUCGUAGUGUUGUUUCUUGUUGGAUCAACGCUUGAUCAUCGGACAGAUGUUCAUCAAGAAAAUAAAAAGUAUCAAGAUAUUAUACAAGGAAAUUUUAUUGAUGCAUACAGAAAUAUGACUUACAAACAUGUCAUGGCUUUAAAAUGGGCUACUUAUUAUUGUCCAAGUGCUAAAUAUAUAUUGAAAUUAGACGAUGAUGUUUUUGUGCAUACACCCGCGAUGAUAGACUUUUUAAAACACGGUCUUUCACCAUGGGGUGCAAGACGUUUGAUCCUGUGUGAUCCAUUGUCGACGGGUACUGUAAAAAGGUCAUGGCGUUCUAAAUGGCGCGUAUCACCACAAGAAUACCCUGGUAGACGGUAUCCAGCUUAUUGUGCAGGUUGGGCUAUUUUAUAUUCACCUGAUAGUGUAUUUCUAUUGUAUAAAGAAGCUCAAAAAGAACCAUACUUUUGGAUUGAUGAUGUCCAUAUUACGGGAACAGUUGCUAGAAAAGUUAAUUUAACUCAUAGUUCAUUACAUUCAUUAGUAUUAAAGAAUGAAGAUAUGGAAGAGUUAUUGAGUAAUCCAAAUAUACAUCGUGAAUUUUUAUUUGGACCGCCCAAUUUAGCUGAAAACCAUAUUAAGGCAUUACACCAUUUGAGUCAUUCCAAUAAAAUUUUGCAAUUAUAAUAAUUGGUAAUUUAUUAUUAUUAUUAAAAUUCAUUUAAUAGACAAAAAAACACAAAUGUAAUAUUUACAGGAACCCCCCGAGUAUACGACAGGAAAAAAUUUUUUUUUUCCUCUCUUUAAGUAUACCAAAGUUGGAAAUAUUUUUUUAAGUAAAAUUUUAAAACUUAAAAUUUUUUUGUUGGCUAUUCAAUUAUUUUGAAUAAAAAAAAAUACACAAUAUUUUUGGUGCCAUUAAACUAAAUGUCCGGAGACAUGAUUAUUAAAUCCUUGAAUAAAUAUUUUUAAAUAAAAUAUCCUGAUUAAAAAUUUUUUAUACCUAAAAUUAUUAAAUAUUUAGGAACAAUAAUUAUGAAGACUCUGCAUUAAUUCGAUAAAUUAUUUUUUUAAUAAUAAAGAUAAGCAUUAAUUAUAUUUUGUAAUGAUAAUUUUAUAAAUUAGUUUUUUUUAAACAAUAUGUUUGCGGGGAUAUUUUUAACAAGGAUUCUAUAGUCAUGUUACGAUAUAUUCUGCCCAGUGAAUAUAAUAAGUGGGUACUAAAUACAACAUAAAUGAAUUGAAACAUUUUUUAAUUUAAUUGCAACAAAUGAUUUUUUGAAUUAUGAUUUAAAUAUUCAAAUCUUAGAUAUGUUUAAAGAGAAAUAAAUAUAAAUAAAUAACAAUGAAAUAAAAUGAUUAGUGAAACUUGAACAUUGUCAAAUAAAUAAGGUAAAUGUCCCAAUACCGGAACGGGACCCAAUACCGGAACGAUUUGAUAAUCAUUAUAUUAUAUUUCAACUCGUACGCGAUGAAACUAAAUAAAACUUUCUUUAUUUGAAACCUUAAUCUUUCAGUUAAAAAAUAAGAUAUAAAAUAGAUUUUAGAAAAUAUUUAAAAUAUGAAAAAAAAAUGUUAAUUAGAGCAAUAGUCUCGGAUUCAUGACUUUUUCAUAUCUCUUAAUGGUUUUGCUAAGAAAUCAGUCAAUGGUCUUAAGCUUAUAGAAAAUGGAUAGAAUUACUUUUCAAUAAUUUUUUUUUUUGUAUAUGCAUCUUGAAUCACAUAAAAUUCAAGAAAACAUAUUAAAAAUAUGAAAAAAAAUAGUAUUAUUAUAUUAAUUUUACUGUUCGUCUAUUGGUACACCAAAAUGAACCCGUGCCCAGUACCGGAACAGCCAAUCAUAUUAAUGUUAUCUAUAAACAUUAACGGUGAGUUUUAUUGACUGGCUAAAUCAAGUACAAUAUUAAUUAUUACUGGAGCCCUAAUAUUUAAUGCAGUAUGUAUGAUUGUUAUAAAAAAUAGAUUAAGUAGAGAUAAACUCUAAUUUAAAUCAUAAAAAAUAAAUUUUUGUUUUCAGUUUUUUUUUUCUAGUAUAACCUCAAAUGAUUUAUUUUAUUUCUAUUCAUUAGUUCAAAAUAUUUAUUUUCAUUGAAUAUUCAAUCAUUUUAAAAUUUUAAAUACAUUUUACAUUAUGGGUGUGAUAUAGCACACACCAGACAAAUUUAAAAUUAUUAAUAAAUCGAGUAAAUAAUAAAUAAUAUAAAAUUAAAAAAAAUACAAACUCAAAAGAUUUUAAAAUUAAUAAUGCUUUUUUUGUAAAUAUUAUUUUUUUAAUUAUUUAUCUUAUUUAUUUAUAAUUUUAAAGUUGUCUGAUGUCUGCUACAUUCAUACUCGUUUUACAUUAAUAUUAUUUAAUAAUUAUUAAUAUUUUCACCAUGAAUAAAUGCAAAAAAUAUCUUAUUUUAUUUACUGUUCCGGUAUUAGGACAACCGAAUUCCCGUAUUGGGACAAGGCUAUUUCAGCGUUCCGGUAUUGGGUCUUUUAAGUGUCAUAGAAAAAAAUUUUUUUUUUUAUAUUAAAUUUAAGAAAAAUCAACUAAUUUGAUUAUUUUUGAAUUGGUAAAUGUCUAUUCUAUAUGAUGUAAUAAAUUAUUUUGGUUUAUAAUUUAUUUGAAUAUUUUUAAAACUAUAAAAAUCAGUCAUAUACCCUUCAUCGUUCCGGUAUUGGGACAUUUACCUUAUAUCAGCGAAAUAAUGACUUAUUAUAAAUAAAUAAUAACUUAAAAAUAUUUCAAAGUGAAAUUUAUAAUUGACAAUUAUCAAGUUUAACUAUUUCAUGUUUAGAUAAAACAAUUUAGUAAAUAGAAUUAUAUUGAAUGAUACAAAUUUAAGUAUCAUUAAUUGCCAAAAUAACAGACAUUAGAACCAAAAAUAUGUAAAAAAAAAAAAAAAAAAAUAUAAGAAAAAAAUGAGAAAACAAAAAAAUUGUAAAUAUUUAUGGAGAUGAGAAGGAUAAUAUUUAAAAAAUGGUCGAGCAUUUGAAUUUAAAGAAUUAAAAUGAACUAAAAUACUAAAAUUAAUGAAAUUUUAUGGAUAUUAAUUAUUAUGAAUUACAAUUGUAAUGUUAUGUAAUUAUUAAACAAUUACAUAGAUUUACAAUGACAAUUCUAGUCUAAUUAUAUCCUAUUUAUUGCUCAAUUUAAUCAAUAUCUAAA